AUGGCAGAACAAUCUGCUCCACCAUCUUUCCAUCGGCUCUCGCUACACACUCACUCACAGGCCGCACCCACGGCCGUGGUGCGUAUCUCUCAAUUUCCUCCAGCAUUUUUCGCACACAACUUGAAUCCCGUGCCUUGUGCUUCACUCGCCCAUAUAGUUGAAAGUAAAUCCCGGCACUGUUUUCACCACAAAACGGUACACUCAGCCGCACAGCCCGCAUCAUCAAAACCAUUCCAUCCACUUCAUCCUCAUCUCCCCGUCCCAUUCCCACCUUCCCGCUUCCUCUUUUCCCCUUCAAGUCUCUACUCAAUCCCUUCACAGCUUCCUCGUAUUGCCAAACCCCGCCUCUCCGUAUCACUGUCUUCACCCAUCGCGCACUCAAAAAUAGCCUCUUCAGCUCCUCUACACACCCACCCUGCUUCAAAACACGAUAUAUAUUCUCGAAAACAUACUCCUCCCGUGCGCUCUUCCCCUCUCCGUCUCGGUCCUCACUCAUCGCAAGCAACCCUUCUCCUGCCCUGCACACAUCCGCCAUCUUCUUAUACCACUCUUCUACACCCUCCUUCUUCUUCGCUUCUUCCACCGCGAAAUCGUGCGUCAGAUCAUGCACCCGCAACCCACCACAACCCUUCUCAUACUGCACUUCUACUAGUCCAACCCUUUCCAUCUCCUUUGCACACCUUUCCGUCCGCUCCUUGUCCAUCUCCCACAAAUCUCCAACCAAACUCAAAGGUAUCCGGUCUUGCUUCUUCAUAA